AUGGCGAGCCCCGACUCAUGGGAAUGGAUAGAUGUUAUGAGCAUAGAGAUUGACUCCAUGUGUGAAAACCAAGUUUGGAACUUGGUGGAACCACCCAAAAAGGUACUACUUAUACGGUGGAAAUGGGUCUUCAAGAAGAAGAACGAGAUGGAUGGUAAUGUGAUUAUCAAUAAAGCCCGAUUGGUUGUGAAAGGAAAGGCAAAUGUAGUGGUCGAUGCUUUAAGUCGACAAGAGAAAAGUGGAACUAUCAAAGCUGUAGCUUUACGAGUCGAGUUACUACCAAGUAUUCAUGAAGAGUUGCAAGAAUUUCAGCACGAGUUAAUGAAGGAGGAUAAGGUUAAACAAGAAAGAUUAGGUGGAUUGAUAUCUGUAUUUGUAAAAGAUGACAGAGUUUUGGAAGUUUCAAAACAGAAUUUGGGUACGAUGCUAUGGUGGUCUCAGGAAACGUAUCUUGAGUGA